CAGAACACCAAGGCCUAGUAAUUUACUGAAACCACAGCCAACACAACUGCAGGGCAGGCGCCGCCACUGUCCGCACGGAUCCCGCAACUCGGCCGUGCUGGGAGCCCAGCACCGGGCCGGGGGGGUUGCAGUUUCUGUGGGACAGAGGGUGCCAGCCCGCGGGGUGCAGCGGGCUCAGGGCAGGGCUCAGGCAGGGCGCAGGCAGCCGGCGCUGCAAGCAGGAAGUUUCUGCAAGAGCAGGGCGCAUCGCGCAUGCGUGAGCUGCUGAGGAGCAGAGCAGGGCUGCCGCCGCCGCUAUGGGCACUGAGCUGUUUUGAGAGCAAAAUACACCAAUAAUUCCCUUUUUGGAAAGGAUUAAAAGUUGUAUUUAAAAGUGUUACAUUAACACAAAAGCGAGGGGAGCUGCAAAGAGCAAAUGUGUGGGGUCUGUCCCUGGUGGAGGAGUGAAGGAAAGAAUGGGUUGUACAGUGAUGGUCACCAAGGAUGCGGUGAUUACUUAGUCAAAUAGCCUCUGCCUUCAUAUUCUCAGUGCUGUCCCAUAACAGCCGUUCACCCACGUUCUGUCCUGUGUUCAUGGUGUGCUCACCACUUCAGUAAUAGCAUGACAUUUCUGCCUUCGCCAAAAGACUUGGUUACUUGCUGAAACUCGGAGCCACUCCGGCGCACCCUGCCAGCUGGUCAAAGUGGCGAUGUCAGGGGUCCCCACCCCCCCUCCCCCUGGAGAGAUGUCCAGUGGACCUGUGGCAGAAAGCUGGUGUUACACACAGGUUAAAGUAGUGAAGUUUUCCUACAUGUGGACCAUAAACAACUUUAGUUUUUGUCGAGAGGAGAUGGGGGAAGUUCUGAAGAGUUCCACUUUUUCCUCUGGACCUAAUGAUAAAAUGAAAUGGUGCCUGAGAGUAAACCCAAAGGGACUGGAUGAUGAAAGCAAAGACUAUUUGUCAUUGUAUUUACUGCUAGUUAGUUGUCCCAAAAGUGAAGUAAGAGCAAAGUUCAAGUUCUCUUUGUUGAAUGCGAAGAGAGAAGAAACUAAAGCUAUGGAAAGCCAAAGAGCGUAUCGAUUUGUCCAAGGGAAGGACUGGGGUUUCAAAAAAUUUAUUAGGAGAGAUUUUCUGCUUGAUGAAGCAAAUGGACUUUUACCAGAUGACAAGCUUACAUUGUUCUGUGAGGUAAGCGUGGUCCAAGAUUCAGUGAAUAUUUCCGGUCAGUCCAAUAUGAACAUGUUGAAGGUUCCUGAAUGCCGCUUGUCAGAUGACUUAGGAAAUCUUUGGGAGUGCUCGCGAUUCACAGACUGCAGCCUCCACGUAGGAGGACAGGAGUUCAAAGCUCACAAAUCCAUAUUAGCAGCACGAUCACCUGUUUUUAAUGCCAUGUUUGAACAUGAAAUGGAGGAAAGUAAAAAGAAUCGAGUAGAUAUAAAUGAUGUUGACCCUGAUGUGUUUAAGGAGAUGAUGAGGUUCAUUUACACAGGAAAAGCACCAAAUCUUGAGAAGAUGGCUGACAACUUGUUAGCAGCAGCAGAUAAAUAUGCUUUGGAGCGCCUAAAGGUCAUGUGCGAAGAAGCUUUGUGUAGCAGCCUCUCUGUAGAAAAUGUUGCGGAUAUACUUAUUCUGGCAGAUUUGCACAGCGCCGAGCAGUUGAAAGCACAAGCAAUAGACUUCAUCAACAGAUGCAGUGUCCUAAGACAACUGGGCUGCAAAGAUGGAAAGACUUGGAACAGCAAUCAUGCAACAGACAUCAUGGAAACUGCAGGCUGGAAAUCGAUGAUCCACUCCCACCCUCACUUAGUCGCAGAGGCCUUCCGAGCCCUGGCGUCUGCACAGUGUCCUCCUUUUGGCAUUCCACGCAAGCGGCUAAAACAGUCAUAACCGCUUGACAGAACUUUUAAAGAGUCUGGUGGUAUUUCUGACUUCACAAAAGCAGACAGAAAAGAGUGGGACACUUUUCUGAUCAAAUGCAGUAGUCUUUGUACUUGGAGAACAGUCUACACUUCAAUUCUUCAAACUGAUGGAUAAUUUCAGUUUUGGUCUUCAGCUUUACUUGCAAUGUUUUCUGUCAUUUAAAAUGGCCUUAAAAUAUCUGCCAUUGCUCCAGGAGUUUAUGUAUCUCUGUAUUUAACUGUGUGCCUGCCUUGUCACAAAGACUCGGCCUUUCCAGAUUGCACUAGUUCCCAUAAUGCAGUGGUUGUUCUCUGGGACGUGUCAUUAAUAUGUUGGAUUAUUGGGAAUGCUGUACAAAUUUAAUGUUUAGCCCCUUUGUGACAACAUAAAAAGUGUGAAACCGUAUUUAAAUGCAAAGUCUUUAUUUGGUCUUUAAAAAGUGUGGCCCAUAAUAAAGACUAUUGUGAGUUGUACUUUUCAAUAUCUUAAAGGAGGUUCGAACAUUAAAAAGAACACACAUUGGAAGACUUUUUGCUAACCUUGAUAUGCAUUGUGAAAAUUUCUGAUUGACAAAAUAUUGGUGAUUAGCAAAAGAUUAAGGAUAGGUUUGUAUAAAGCAAUGCCUAAACCCUUGGUUUAAACGUGAAGUAUAUUUGUUGUCCAACGUUAUUUUUGUUUACAGCUAAAAGCAUACAAUUACUUUUAUGAUUUCUACCUUGUUAUUAAGAAAAUAUUCCUUCAUUACUUUAUGACCUGAUUUAACCUGCAUUUUACCAAGUGACAGAGUGAAGUUCUAGCAGUUGCAUAUUUAAUCAUAAAAGCUUGGGAACUUCUAGGAAAAAAAAAAUCAAAAUAUUAAUAUAUGGGCCUGUAUUGUGAAAACUGCAGUGAAAUAAUUGUAUAUUGAAAUCUAUGGUUCUUGGUCUCAUAUUGUAAAAGGCAUGUCCCCAGCUGUGUGUAUAAAAGAUUUAUUUGGUUGAACUGGAUUUAUUCACGUGCAGCGUUCCUUCUGGCCACAUUUCUACCAGAGCAACUGAAGACCUAUAGGAUGCAGAGCAUCUUUAUUUUGGUGGCAUUUUUAGUUGUGUGAAAAAGAAAGUUCAACAUUAGAAUUGCUUUGUUUAGUCUCAAGUACUUUACAAAUUUAAGAUGACAUCUGAAAUGCUGUCAAGUAAUUCAAUUUCUGCAAAAUUGGUUACAUUAGAUUGAUGAGAGAUUAGAUAUCCCAGAAGAAUGUUUCCCCCACAACAGUGCUAAAGGCAGUGCUGUGUCAUCUUAACAUUGCCUCAAUUGAAAAACUUCAUACAAGGAUGCUGCUCAAAAUAAGGUAGCUGUUUAGCUAUGUUUACGUGCAAGAGAUAUUACUUUAUCCCCUGUAUUUAAAAGCACAGUCUGGAAUUACUAUCUGAAAUAGAAGUUUCAGGUGAACCCUGUUAGGUCAGUCUUUUGGUGUUUUUUGUAUUUGUACUUAUUUUUUCUUUACACAAUGAAGUAAUCUUUUGUUGGCCUGUGCCAAAACAGGAGGACCUGCAACAAAAGCACUGCUGCUGUGUCUUGGCCUGUCGUCACAGUUAUUAAAGUAAAUGUGGAGUGUCAAGCAUCAACUGAAAUGCUGUUCUUCAGAAAUUUAAUUUUGUGUGGCGUUUCAUAUUACAGUCUAAAAAAGGGCAUUUUUUCUGCUUCUUUCUGAUUAUGAUACGAACAUAAUCUUCUUUAAAACUGUGUUCUGGGCAUUAUAAAAAGCCAUUGUUUUCUUAGAGAGUCUGUGUGUGUGUGGGGCUCAUGCCAGACUCAUUUCUCUUCUUUUUGUGUUUUUGUCCAUUUGAUUUUCCAAAUUGUUGAUGACAACACCAGGAACCUUCAGUCCACCAGGAAUCCACCAAAACGCAACUGAAUUAUGCCGUCUGCAGUUUCAAGAAUGCAGGGAAGCUUUGCUGUUUAAUGUGGAAUUUCAGGUCGCAACACACAGUGUGUAGGAAAACAAUUUCCACUUAAUGUGUGGAAAAUCAAAUGACUUCCUUUAAGGGUGAAUAUAAAUGGAAAGUGAUCUCAAAGUUGUAUGAAAUAUUCAUAUUCAUUACAUUACUUUUGAACAUGAAAUUACUCCAUAAGGUCAUUUAAACCCACCAAUAGAUAUUGUUGAAAAGAAACAGCGCACACAGUAAAUAUACCAAAAAUUGUCUGAGACACUGUGCUAUGGUGACGUUGUACAAAAUGUAGAGAUGGUUGUUUUUUGAAACAGUGGUACUGUACUGCUUUUCUAAGCUGUUCUCAUCAAUUGAUUUGCUUAUGUUGACAAGUUUAUUUAUUAUGUAUCAAUGAUAUUUUGUAAGUCAUGUUAGCUGUUUAAACAGUUCUUUAAAAAUUUAUUCUUAAUCAAA